GAGAGAGAGAGAGAGAAUGGCUAGAAUAAGAGAACAAAAAUGGUCCCUCCAGGGGAUGACUGCUCUUGUCACUGGUGGAACUAGAGGAAUAGGGUACGCUGUUGUGGAGGAAUUGGCAGGAUUAGGGGCAAGUGUGUACACAUGCUCUAGAAACGAAGCCCAACUUGAAGAGCGAUUACGAGAGUGGGAAAAGAAAGGAUUUCAAGUGUUCGGUUCCGUUUGUGAUUUAGCAUCGUCCGGGGCAGAUCGCAAAGAGUUAGCAGCUAAAGUUUCCUCUCAUUUCAAUGGCAAACUUAACAUCCUUAUAAACAAUGUGGGAACCAACAUAUGGAAACCGACAUUGGAGUCCACAGCGGGAGAUAUCUCAUUUCUCAUGAACACAAAUUUCGAAUCUGCUUACAACAUGUGCCAACUUGCUCAUCCUCUUCUUAAAGCUGCUUCAGGAGGAGCCUCCAUUGUUUUUAUCUCCUCUAUUGCUGGUUUGAUAUCACUAAAUACCGGAUCCAUAUAUGCCGCGGCCAAAGCUGCGGUCAACCAAUUGACAAGAUACUUGGCAUGCGAAUGGGGAAAGGACAGCAUAAGAAGCAAUUGCGUUGUACCUUGGGUUACCAGAACCCCUCUAAUUGAGCAUUUUCUGAGCAAUGAGAAGUUCGUGGAGGCUGCCAUUUCUCGAACACCUAUUGGGCGCAUUGCAGAGCCAGACGAUGUUUCUUCGUUGGUUGGAUUCCUCUGCCUGCCCGCAGCCACUUACAUAACUGGACAGAUCAUAUGUGUUGACGGAGGGUUCACAGUUAAUGGUUCCUUUAUCCCACCAAACGUUGCCGAAAGGCCCUAGUCCUUAUUUGUGAUCUUGUGGCCAUCCAUAAUAAUUUGCUGCUGCUUAAUUCUUUCUACUGAUAAUUACAUGCCAAAGAAUCUUGCUAGCUGUUAAUCGGCAAUUAAAAAUAAAAUAAAAUAAAAUAAAGGGUGAGUUUUGAUGCAGCC